CUCCCUUUGUCCCUCUCAAACUUUUCCUUCCUUGUAUGUAAAUACAAAAAAAUUCCCGGCAAUUCACAAUAAUUAUCCUCCCAUUCCACCAAGAAACGAAGCGAUCUUUUUAUAAUUUUAAUUUCAAUAAAUUAGUACUCCUUUUCUUCCCCUGUUUCGUUGUCUCUCUGAAAAUUCCUCCCACCAUUUCUCCAAAGCCACAACCAAAGAACAGAAUCGCCAUUAACAAAAUCCCACCUCACAGCUCUCUCCCUGUCUCCUUCUGAUUACACCCCCACCGCUAUACUUUCUGCCUUCUCCCAUCAUUUCAGAAUCGAGCAGUGAUCGAUUUCAAAAAUUUUGCUGGGCUCGUUCGUUCCUUGGUCGUCUUCAAUGGCGAUGCCGCCUCAAGAGAGAUCCAAAACACUUCACAACUUCUCUCUCCCCUGUUUGAAAUGGGGAAACCAGAGACACCUGAAGUGCGUCAAGGACCCUCCUCCUCCCGACAAUCCUCUUCUCCUGCUUCCCCCUCCGCCGCCGCCUCCGCCACCUCACCACCGCCCGUCUUCCUCCUCCGCUGUGCCCAACGGGUUAAUCCAAAGCCGACCCGCGAUCGGCAAUCCAGUUCAACACAACAACGCCACUUCGUCGCCUGAUCUUGGAAUCAACGGCGGGGCCGAUGAUCCCCCUAGCUCCCGGCCAUGGAAUUUGCGCACCAGACGAGCAGCUUGUAAGGCCCCACUAACGAGACCGGAAGACAACAGAAUUAGUAACAAUAAUGGUAAUCAGAAAUCGCCCAGGAGAGUUUUCGAGAUUGACUCUUCUUCAUCGCCUCCGGCGAGGCGGCAGUGUUUGGACCCUACGCCCUCGGUUGCGGUGAUCAGGGGAAGACCCAGUAAGUUGCGUGUGCCGUUGUCCAAAGAAGAGAUUGAGGAGGAUUUCAUGGAGAUUGCCAGGAUUAGACCUCCCAGGAGACCCAAGAAGCGGCCCAGAAUUGUUCAGAAGUAUUUGGAUGUAAUUUUUCCGGGACUGUGGCUAACAGAAGUAACUGCGGAUCUAUACAAAGUUCCUGAAGUACCUGAAUCAUGAGGCCAUAUAUAUAUAUAUAUAUAUGUAUUUUUAUCAUAGAUUGAUUGGUUGGUGAAUGUAAUUUGACUGCAAUUUCAAUUUGAUGUGGUCUUGAUGGUGACUUCUCUUGUGUUGCUGCAUCAAUUGGGGUUGCAGGGUCAAUAAACAUUUUGGGGCUCAGGGAAAAGAUUUCGUGAUAAUAUGUGGUGUUACUGACCAUGCUGAUUGCUGCAUCUUGUCAACUCAAUACCGGCGAAAGAAAAUGCAGCAUCAAACUACCUUGUAAAUGUUUUGAUUGUCGCUGCAAUAAUAAGUCUGGUCAAAUUUGUGUUGUUGCCCUUUCUCUUUCAGAUUCUAACUAAUCUAGCAGCAAUCUGGGUCGUUGAAAAGUUUCUUGCUUUUAUGUAAUGAGAGCCAAUCA